UAGGGGUCUUAAUGGGUUGAUAUGUCGGGUGAAAGCUGAUGUGGGCGUAGCGCCGCCUCUUGAAGCGUAGUUUGUUCAGCGUGGCGCGAGCGGGCGCGCGUGUUCAGUAAUGGUGAUGGAGCGGCUGGCGGACUUCGUCAGCAAGUCGCUGGAGGGGGGCGAAGCGCCGGCACCGCCGCCGGAGCCCGGGGAGCCGGAGGACGCGGAUGAAGAGGUGGAUAUUACGGCGUUGGAGGCGCCAGCGCCGAAGCGGCCUAGGAAUUGGUUACUGUCGCCCGUUCCCGCGCCAUGUAAACGGGAGGAUGAAGACGACCACAAACAUGAUGUAUCCGACAAAUCAUCGAACUCAAUCAGCAAUGGCGGCGGCAAGCAGCGGCGGUCUCGCACAAACUUCACUCUAGAACAACUAGGAGAGUUGGAGCGGUUAUUCGACGAGACGCACUACCCUGAUGCGUUCAUGCGAGAAGAGCUUAGUCAGCGGCUAGGACUUAGCGAGGCGAGAGUGCAGGUGUGGUUUCAGAAUCGACGCGCCAAAUGUCGGAAACAUGAGAGCCAAAUGCAUAAAGGUAUCGCGCUUCGUACCCCGCCCAGCGGCACUCCGCUAGAGCCGUGCCGCGUGGCGCCGUACGUGUCGGUGCCGCGGCUGUCGGCGGUGCCCCGCGCGCCGGGCCCGCCGCCGCCGAUGCCGCCGCUCGCGCCGCACCCGCCGCCCGCCGCCUUCGCGCCUUUCGACUCGGCGCUGCUAUCUGCUGCGGCACACCAGUACGCGAGUGCAGCAGCGGCGGCGGCGGCAGCGGCGUUAUGCCCGCCGUAUGCCGGCUUAGCGGCGCUGGCGGCGCGCUGUCGCUCCUCUUCCAUCGCCGACCUGCGCCUCAAGGCGCGCCGACACGCCGCCGCACUGGCCGCGGCGCGAGCGCCCACGCCGCCGAUCCCCGCCGACUCCGCGCCGCCCGCCGCCGCGCCCGCAGACGCAUAGCCUCACGCCAUACCGAUCAAUUUAGCUGUGACAUAUGUACAUAAGGAACAAAAUAUAUGUGAGGACGAAAGUUGAACUAAAUCGGAUAUGGGUGAUAG